CGCGUUAAAGGCCCUGUUGACUUUGAUCGCCAGUGCGGCGUCAUCAACGACAAGGGAUUGGAAUGUUCUCGCUCUCUGACCUGCAAAUCCCACUCCAUGGGGGCCAAGCGCGCCGUCCAAGGGCGGUCACGACCGUACGACGAGCUCCUUCUUGAUUGG